AUGGAUCCCAGUCAGACCGUGGGAACCAAAUGCUAUGUUGACAUGGGAACUGUUAUUAAAUACAACGAGGUUCAAGACAGCAUCAGAAAGUUCAAAGAGCAGCGACAACAGCAACAAACAGAGCCUCAGGGGCAACAAGAGCAGCAACAGCAGCAACAAGAGCAGCAACAGCAGCUACAGCAGCAAAAUCAGCAAGAGCAAGAAACGCGCAAGCAGCCAUGGCGCUGGCUGAUCUUCGGCUUGUGCCUCAUCAUGAUCAUCGCUCUGGGCUUUUGGUGUUGGAACACAUUCUUUCGAGGCCCCACCGACAGCGAAGUGAACGAUCUCUACCACUUCCUCCGGCUCGCCCACCAUCUCAAGCAGCGCAUAAAGCCAGUCAAGUCCCUCCGAUACGACGCUGUCGACCUUCGCGCUAGAAAGCAAUGCAUCAAAUCGCUGGCUCCAUUCACACAUGUUGGACCUCAAAACAUCUUCUCCGCCCGACGCAACAAGAUCUAUUCAUUCAAACACUUUCCUGCCCACAUUCGCAACGCUCAUAGGCAUUGCUCCCCGUACUUUCAAGGGCUUGAAGGCGACAUCUUCCGGCGUACGCUACGCUCCGUCCAAACUGCCCGGUACACCCAGGGCGGGCUGACCCACCUGAAAGACAUUUCAGCGAAACAAGCCCUGAACUACGUCUGGUCAAAAUGGGAUCACCAGUCACAGACCAUAUACAACACCUUAGCUCCGCUCUUUCUCUACCUGUGGUCCAUCUUGGGUCGUCUGUGGUCUUUCACACGGUCCAGCUUGAUCGCAACGCUGAUAAUGGCUAGAAUAACAAAGCCUGAUCCUGCCAAGCCGGACGAGGACCCUGAUGCAAUCGCGAUAGCAUGGCUAGCCGAUUGGCUGGCCACACAGCGAGAGGUGAUUUGGUGGAUGAUUACCGGGCGAUUCUUGUGGGACUGGUAG